AUGUCUUUGAGACGUUCCGCUCGCGUCGCCAGCAGUAUUGUACAAGCUCCGUUGGAUGUAAAGGCUCAAAAUGGUGUUGCAAAGUAUGAGAAAGUUAGCAAGGCGAGUGUACCCACGAAGAAGCGCAAAACCACAGCAAUAUCUGCGCCAGUAACAUCGGACGAGACGAAGAACAAUGAUACUGUGGACGAGAAAACCAAUGGAGAUAAAGUCGUAGACCUAACAGAUUCAACUCCAACGCUCCCUGCGACACCGCUCCCCAAGAAGCGCAAAACAGCAUCAAAACCAGCACCGUCAUCAGAAUCACCUGUCAAACCACCACCUUUCACACCCACACCUGCCGGUGCCAGUAUCUUCUCUUCAGCCCCCGCAUUUUCACCUUCAGACGCGACCACCCGUCCAGCAGAGCCCCACACAACAAACGCCCACCUAGCCACGCCCAACGGAUCGCACAUGGUGCAAGCCUACGCAUCCUCACCCGCGAAACCCACCGACCCUUCUCCAGCCAAGAGAAGGAAAGCAAAGGAACUUGUUCCACCAGACGUUGGUGCCAUUCCAGCUGCGAGCACCGAUAUCGAUAAUCUGUUGAGAGAAGCAGAGGACUUUCUUAUCAAGACGGAUCCUAAACUGGAAAAGGUGGUGCGAGGGCAUCAAUGUGGGAUUUUUAGUCCGGAGGGGCUGAGGGAGGUGGUGAGGCCGUUUGAGGCGCUGGGGAAGGGGAUUAUUGGACAGCAGGUAUCAGGCCAAGCCGCCUCAUCCAUCCGCGCAAAAUUUACCGCCCUCUUCCCCGACACCCACCCGUCCUUUCCAACGCCCACUCAGGUCCUCACAAAAGACAUCGCAACGCUGCGUACAGCAGGUCUCUCGCAGCGCAAGGCCGAGUACAUCUACGGCCUAGCCGAGAAAUUCGCUUCUGGCGAACUCUCAGCCGAGAUGCUAGUUAGUGCCAGCGACGAGGAACUCAUUGAGAAGCUCGUAGCUGUGAGGGGCUUGGGGCGAUGGAGUGUGGAGAUGUUUGCUUGCUUUGGGUUGAAGAGGAUGGACGUUUUCGCGACUGGAGAUUUGGGUGUACAACGUGGUAUGGCCGUGUACGCGGGCCGCGAUGUGAAUAAACUGAAGAGUAAAGGUGGGAAGUGGAAAUACAUGACGGAGCAGGAAAUGCUCGAUAUGGCUUCCAAGUUCUCGCCCUACAGGUACGUCAAACUUCAGUGCAAGCUUCCAAUGGCAAAAAACUAA